AUGAGAUAAAUCAGAACACCAACCAAAAAGAAGCCAGCCAUGUUUGCUACAACAAACUUAGAAUAGAAAUAAGAUUUAGUUCACAUGAAACUUUCAAAAUUAUUGUCUCAAAGAUAAAUGCUAAAUACGAGUCAUAUUCCGAAGAAACAUGCUCAUACGUUAAUCACAAAUUUUAAAUACUUAUAAUCAGUUCAAAAAUUCAUUAAGUCUCUCCACUUUGUUGAGGUAGAAAACAUAUUUAUUCAAUAAGAGAUAGUGGAUGAUUUAUCAAAAGAAGUUUAGAAAUAUUGUGAGGUAUAUGACCCAGAUGAAGAAGCAGUAAUGAAGUUUUUAGAAACAAAAAAAAUGUUCUUCCAGCAUCAUUAUGAUAAAGCACUAGAGGGAUUUUGA